UGUGAAUCAUUAGUUAUCCAUCUAAGUUCCUAGUGAGGAGAUGAUACUCAACUGUGUUAGAGUGAGAGCUACAUCCAUGGCUGUUCCUUCAUUCACAAUAAUUAGAAGAAGAAAAAGAAGACACAUAUUAUUCUUCUGCUCUGCUUCUUCAACCAUCAAUACUCAGCAAUUACGUUCUCAACUUGAUCACCUUCAUGUGGAGGCUCACUCCACCAGAACCAAGGCAAAUAGUGCUAGAUUGAGGCUCCUAAGAUUAUCAGAGUCAGCAGAGAAGCUUCAAAAACAAGCAGCUAUAAGCAUGCAGAAGGGGGAUGAAAAUUAUGCAAGGGAUAUGCUUUUUCAGAGGAAAAAGGUGUUGCAGGCUUUGGAGAAGUCUAAAAGGCGCAUCGAAUUACUUGACGAGCUUUCCACAAAACUAAGUGAGGCAAUAUCAUUGAAAGAAAGUCAGCUAGUUGGAAAUGUCACUAUGAACAUUGAAAACACAACAGAAGAUGCUUCAAGUCUAGUUCGAAUCAUUCCUCCGAAAGAGGAAGAUAUAAAAGAUUCUAUCAAGGAUGAUUCUGAUCUUAAUAUGAUGACGGUCGGCGAUAUUCAAGAUGUGCAUGUUUCUUUAGAAAGCCAAGAUAAUCUACUUGAUGAUAAGGAGACAGAGAAUCUUCUAGGAUCAAUUAGCACAGACACUGGGAAUGAAAAUAACAUACCCAGCAGCUUGUCAGAAUUAUCCUCUUACGACGAUUUCAUAGAACAUAUAGAUCAAAAGCUCCGCGAGAUUGAAGCUGAACUGGUUGCUGUUUUGAAUGUCUCAACCUUAUUACUAGAUAGUGAAGAGAGACCAAAGAAUUCCAGGUUGCAACAAACAAUGGAACUCCUUGAGAGCAUCCAAGGCAUUAGACAGAGAAUCAGAAGUACUAAGGAAGCAAAAGUGAGGAUCUGAUCAAUUUUGCUUUCCUCAACUAAGCUUCUGCUAACAGGUUUAAGUUGCUGGAACAGCUACUCCAUCCAUGGAACAAAACUGCAAACAUGGCCAAAAGUUCAGAAUAGUGGUGGUGGUCUCUUGUACUGGUUUACACUUUUUGAAGAGAUUGUUGAAUUAGACAGUUUCCAUGAGGUCAGCUAGAGUUAUCUUCCCAUAUGCGCCAUGGUCCAAGGAAUCAAAUUGUUUGCUAAUUUGCAGAAUGUCUAUCUCAGUAAUCUUCCCCAUUUGCUUAAGCUUGUAUAUGACAAAUUCAGACUUACUGCACAUAAAGUAAAAGGUUAAUAAAAAUGUAGCUGAUAUAUGUGAUAAAACUUGAAAAAUAUGAACAUAUAUCGGCUGCGCAGAAUGUGUUUUUUGUCUUUCUGGGAAAAAUUGGCAUAUUGCACUUCAAGAAUUUCUUAAAAGGUAAAUGAAAAAUACAACUUCAAUGGGAAUACAGCUCAGUAUUUUCCGUUGAUAAGAAAAUUUCCGCA